UGUCAUCGAGUUUAUUGUCAUCUUUUUACUAAAUGCUUUCACUCUCGCCAUCUACACAAGAAACCGUCACUUACGCAAGCGCAGUACGUAUCUGAUAUAAUAAAUCUGACUGUGGUUGAUUUACUGGUGGGAACAGUGGCCGGACCUUCGAUAAUAUUCGAACCAGAUAACCUGGAGACGGAUCUGGGUCUUGAACAAGAUUUUAGUUGGCAAUCAUUCGUUUAUCUCACAUUACAGGGGCUUUUUUUAGUUGCUUCAUUAGUUAAUAUUUCAUUGAUUUCUUUAGAGAGGUUAAACGCAACUCUUUUCCCCUUUAGGCAUUGUCUUGUUGGAAAAAGGGUUUACCUAAUCAUUAUUUUGUGUAGUUGGUUGUUUUCCUUGGUUUUGUUAUCUGUUAUUGUCCUUCUUGAUUUGCGCCUAUCGCCUGCACAUCUGUAUGCCAUUUUGUCGUACUCUUUUUUCUCCCUUCUCAUUCUCACAGUUUCAUAUGCUAUAAUCAUCUCAACUGUCAAAAAAAAUCCUCUUCUGCCUAAUGCUGGACAAGUUCUUUCAACAGAAAGGAAACUAACGGUGACUUUAUUUAUAGUUACUGUGGCUUUUUUUCUGACCAUUCUUCCUUGGAUCAUUUGGACGGGCUAUUCUAAAUAA